CCGCGGAGCGGUCGGCGCAGUCAGUUCAGUCAGUGCCGAGUGCGCUGACCCGCAGGACGGACGGCGACGGUCGUUGACCGCUGUUGAACGCGAUCCAUUGUUUACAUCGGCAGGCGUCUCGGGCCUCGUCGCGCCCCGAGGACCUGAGGAACGGCCGCAUUCUCGUCGUUUUCGCCGCAACAAGGAACGCGGCCGCGGGUGAGCAUGUCGAGAGCGGCGGGAGGCUCUCCCGCGAGAGCCGCGAACAAAGGCGAGCAACAGCAGCAGCAGCAGCAGCAGCAGCAGCAGGAAUUCCCGCUGGGCCUGGACAAAGACGCCAGCGAGCACAGCAUCUCCAGCAUGAUGUCGUGCGUGUCCAUCUCGCCGAAACACGCGGAGAGCAGCCUGCGGAUCAUGGAGAGUUAUCUGCACAAGCAACAGCUGACGGACGUCACGCUGAUCGCGGGAAACAAGCGUGUCCCAGCUCAUCGAUUGGUCCUCAGUGCUGGCUCCGAAUACUUUGCUGCCAUGUUCACGAGCUCCCUGCGAGAGUCGGCGCAGAACGAGAUAGAAUUGAUGGAUGUCGACGGAGACGCGUUGUGGGCUUUGGUUCUCUAUUGUUAUACAGGCUGCAUAGAACUGCAGGAGGACAGCGUGGAGACUCUGCUCGCGACAGCAUGUCUGUUACAAUUGAAUCCGGUCAUCAAAGCGUGCUGUCAGUUCCUCGUCAAGCAACUGCAUCCGAGCAACUGCCUGGGCAUACGCAUGUUCGCCGAUACACAGGGCUGUGCGGAAUUGUUUGAACACGCGCACGCGUAUACCACCAAACACUUCAUGGAGGUCACAAAAAAUCAAGAAUUCCUACUGCUAUCUGCCAACGAAGUUGCCAAACUGCUCGAGUCUGAGGACCUCAAUGUUCCCUCCGAAGAAACUAUCUUUCAUGCUCUAGUGACUUGGCUGGAACACGAUCCAGAAAACAGGAGCAAGGACGCCAGUAAAUUGUUAGGUUUAGUCAAAUUACCGCUGCUAUCGCCCGCGUUUAUAGCCGACAACAUUGAGAGUAACGAGAUGUUCAAAGACCAAAGAAUGGCGCAGGAAUUGGUAAUGGAAGCGUUAAAGUACCAUUUGCUGCCCGAGCGAAGACCGUUGCUUCAAACGGGCAGAACGAAACCCAGGAAAGCCACUGUGGGCACGUUGUUGGUUGUCGGGGGGAUGGACGCCAAUAAGGGUGCGACCUCUAUAGAUGCAUUUUCACUGCGCGAUAACGCCUGGAGAUCUCUGGCUGCCAUGAGCAGCAGAAGAUUGCAAUUUGGCGCGGUGGUAGUCGAUAAGAAAUUGAUCGUCGCGGGCGGCAGGGACGGCUUGAAAACGCUCAACACGGUAGAAUGCUUCGACUUCUCCACCCUCACGUGGAGCACUCUACCGCCUAUGAACGUUCAUCGUCACGGAUUAGGAGUGGCAGUCCUAGGUGGACCUUUAUAUGCUGUUGGCGGCCACGACGGUUGGAGUUUCCUUGAUGCAGUAGAGAGGUGGGACCCGGCGACGCGUCAGUGGAGCUCAAUAUGUCCUAUGUCCAUACAAAGGUCCACAGUCGGUGUGGCUGUGUUAAACGACAAAUUGUACGCCGUAGGAGGGAGAGAUAUCAGUUCCUGCUUAAAUACUGUAGAAUGUUACGAUCCGCAUACAAACAAAUGGACACCGUGCGCGCCUAUGUCGAAGAGGCGAGGCGGCGUAGGCGUAGGAGUGGUAAACGGUUGUCUUUACGCACUCGGUGGUCACGACGCUCCGGCUAGCAAUCCCAACGCCAGCAGAUUCGACUGUGUAGAAAGGUAUGAUCCUAAAACCGAUACGUGGACUAUGGUUGCGCCAAUGAGUGUGCCCCGGGACGCGGUUGGUGUGUGCGUGUUAGGGGACCGACUUAUGGCCGUAGGAGGAUACGACGGGCAGCAAUAUCUCACGCUAGUGGAAGCCUACGAUCCGCAUCUUAACGAGUGGGAACCUGUCGCUCCUCUGAAGGCCGGCCGUGCGGGACCCUGCGUCGUUGUAAAAAAUUUAACCAAUAACAUAUAGAUCGUUCUUACUGAACGACCAGUACUGUAUUUGCUAAUUGUAUGAUUUAGAAUUGUAGAUGUUUCAGAAAUGUAACAAAAUCUUCUCUCUUGUGAUAUUGCAUGCGUGUUAAGUUAAUCGCACUGUUAUUUUUCUGAAACAAUUUUAGAUAAUUUGAUAUUUAAAUAAGUAUUAUAUUUCUUAGCAUGUAACGAUUUUUAUAGGAUUUUUACACAUUUUCGUACUAUAUUGAAGAAAGUUCCAACCAUUGUAACUACCAAACAUUAUAUUUGGCACUUGUACGUAUACAUAUAUUUCGAUUUUAUAUCAAUUGUCAGUGUAACGAAUAAUUUGACAAAGUUGUGAUAAUUUGUAUCCAUUUGAUUAAUCUACAAUAUAAAAUUUUCAAUAAAAUAUGCACAUAUAUAAUUGUUUUAUCUCAUAAAAAUAACAUUACUUUUCAUAAAUGUCUAUAUUUUUGUCUAAUAAAUCAUAUGUAGUAAAUUGUGAA